GCCACAGCAUUAGCUGCCCUGAAAAGAGUUGGUGUAAUCCAUGGUGACGUGACGACAGAUAACAUCAUGAUGGUGGAUCGCGUGAGACAGCCCUUCAGAGUGAAACUGAUCGACUUCAGUCAGGCUAUGUUCAGCUCUCAAGCCAAACCAGGCAGGAUUCUCCAGACCCCCCAGUACAGAGCAGCAGAAAUAAUGUUGGGACUCCCUUUCUGUGAAGCCGUUGAUAUCUGGGCGCUGGGCUGUGUGAUGGGGAUCAUGAUGUUUGGCUUUGAGCUCUUCCCAACAACAACAGACUACGAUGCACUCCUCUUCAUCAUCGACCUCCUGGGUCCGCCGCCGCAGCACCUCAUGAAGGCUGCACAGAAAUCUAAAGUGUGUUUUAAGAAGACAGACUGUGGUCAGUGGAGGCUCAAGACACCUGAGGAGUAUUGGGGUCCCGAUCUUUCAUCACAUGACGACAGGAAGUACACGUUCCGCUCUCUGGACGAAGGGAAAAUGCUGUGUCUGGAGCAGGACAACGUGACAGAGGCUGAUGAGAGGAGGGAGUGCAUGGAGCUGUUGAAGGAGAUGGUCGCGUGGGAUGAGAAGGAGCGGAUCACUCCCGCUGAUGUCCUCAACCAUCCUUUCAUUACCAAGAGCUACAUACACAGCACCUCCCGCCUCAGCUCCUGUCCUCAGCCUGCUGCAGCUCUGGACGCCACCAGCAUCCACAUGGACAACACGGAGCUCCCUCCCAACACCUCUGAUGACAGAGGGGACGAGAAGAAGAAGAAGAAGAAGAAGAAGAAGAAGAAGAAGAAGAAGAAGAAGAAGAAGAAGAACUCCUGUAGACGCUUCUUCUCCUGGAUGACGAGGAUCUUCUGCUGCUACAUGGACGACGUGCAGGAGUGAAGAUUUCUAUUGUUUGUCGCUAAAGAACCUGAGAACUUGCUCACAGGUGUUCUGCUAGAAAACAUUCAUAGUGCAGAAGAUUCAAACCAUUCAAGCAGAGCUCUGAUCUUAUGUUUGUGUUUUGUGUUUCAUGUUAUUGUUAGUAUUGAACGUGAACGUGAAUGAACUUUUGUCUCAGCAACUCUUGUGAGAUCUGACAACACAGAGCGUUAAUGUUUGUCAGACUGUGUCCAAACAUCUUCUAAGGUAAAAAGUCUUUGUGAUGCUCAACAUGUUAGUUCCCUGUGUGACUCUCUAACGUUAGCUCAACAUAAAUACAUUAGAGCAGGCCUACUGAGGAGACAGGUGGUGUUUACCAUUUGAACAGCAUCGCUGCUGCUCGUGAUCGUCUUUAGUUAUAGAACAUGUUACAGCUUCACUGUGUUGCUGCAGUGCUCAGUGGAGCAUACAUCUCUCUUUCAAACGUGUGAAGAUUACAAGCAGUCAGUUUCACUCUUAUGUGCAUUUUAUAAAUACAUUUAGCUUUGUAAGCUAGUAGCAGCUAAAGUUUGUAGCCGUCCCUCAAUGUUGUUGUUUAUCCUUCUGGCUCGCUAGUUAUUUACAUUCAUGUGACAAAGUUUGUUCUCAGCUGUUAUAUUGAUCUCUGUCUUCUUUCCCUUCAAUAAUGUCAACAAGUCCUUUAAACGUGUGUCUUGUAAAAUGAAACGCUAUUUGUUCUCAUGCUUAUGACUCACAUGCCAUCAUUUAACUUUAAGAUAUGAAGACAUGUUAGACUCUG